AUGUCAUUCCUCACACAAACAACGGUGACUGAGACCACCAUAAUUGCCGCUUUCCCAACCAUUGUCAGCGAUGUGACGGCCACUGUUACCUCCUACCUCGCUACCACACUCUUCGCAACGCAAGGCCAGACUGUCACCAUCGCCUCACCUGAUGUUCAGCCUCCAGCAUCCGCCACGACCAAGUACACGCCAACCACAACGACUCGAACCUCCACGGCCACAUUGACUGAAAUCGACGUCUAUCUGCAAAAUGCCCAGGGCGAGAUCUACUCGACCUGGAUCAUCCCGCUAUCACUCGCACCACCAACCACAGACGCAAUCACAGCGACAAUCAGCGAAACUCCACGGUCGUCAGUGUAUAUUGUCCAGUCAGGCAGCGGACCUGGUGAGGACGAUGUCUGGGACAACUGGUCGAAGGGCGCACGGGCAGGGUUGAUUGUUGGUGUGGUUCUGGCUGCCGCUUUGAUAUUUGCCAUGGUCUGGUGGUGCUGCAGAAGAAGUAAUAUCUGGCUUGCACAUGGAUGGUGGCCAUGGAUGGGACAGGGGGCAGCUGGCCAGGUUCCACCAACUCCUUGUCCAAAUAUCGUGCAGCCUACCUAUGUCAAUGGUCCACUGACGCCGUAUACAUAUGGUCAGCCGUCCGUGCCUGCCUAUGGAGCGCGG